AUGGAUGGGAUAAUGAUGUAUGAUAAAAUCUCAAGUGCUCAUGUUUAUCUUAGAUUACGAUCAGAACAGAAAUGGGAUAAUAUCCCUUUAGAUCUUUUAAAUGAUCUGGGCCAAUUGGUCAAAGCUAAUAGCAUACAGGGAAGUAAAGAAAAAAGCAUCACAAUUGUAUAUACGCCUUGGUCAAAUUUAUUGAAAACACCUGGUAUGGCUACUGGUGUAGUAAAAAAAUUCCAAGCUGGAAAUAAAGAAAAUGUAAUUUUAAAAAGAUUAGAGAAAACUAAAAUAGAACGACAUCCAGAUCUUGAGGCUGAGAAAGUGGAUAUGGAGAAAGAAGUUCGUAGAAUAGCUCGUGAGAAAGCUAAUAUUAUAAAACAAGAGCAACUUCGUUUAGAAAGGGAACGUAAGGAACAAAAGGCAAAAAAUUCAUAUGAUACAAUAUUUGUUGAAACAAAUAUGAGAAGUAAUACUGAUGCAAUUGAUAUGGAAGAGGAUUUUAUGUAA